UUUUUUUUAUAGCAACGAGAGGUGAAGCAAGAGCAAACAACUGUUCUUCGCUUCACUCUCGUCUCGCUCCACCACGAAGUACGAACCUUCCUCUCAUCUUCUCUCACUCACUUGCCACGACGUCGUUUUUCUCUUCCUCUUCGCUGAAACGCGCUUUUUAAGUGUCGCCGUUUUCUGCAAAUCCAGCUAGGGUUUCACUCCACUGCGAUCUCUCACCCUAGCUCGCCGUUUCGCCGUUCCUCUUCCGCUUCGAAUCGCCGCGUUUAAGUUCACCGUUCCCAAAUCGCUUCUGUGGAUAGAAGAAAAGGACUUCGAAUUUCGCUGAGCACGUUGCUUUCAGUUAGUAGCUGUAACUCUGAACUGGACCAAGCCGUUAGGUUUGAUUGAGGAACUGUGAUUUGGGGUUAAUUGAGUGAUUGGACAUUAUGAUGGCAAAGAGUAGGCUUUCUGAAGGUUAUUUUGGGAAUGCGCUGGAUACUGCUGGUGAAUCUGAGGGGUCUGGUAGCUCUGGUAGAAUAGACACGGAAAUUACGGUUUCGGAGGAUUCUAGUUUCCCUGCGAGGAAAUCUAUUAGUUUGAACUCGAGUCGCCGUGAUGCGUUUGGUGCUCCUCUGCAAGUUGUUCCCUUGUCGAACAUGUCACUUUCCCAGAGAAAAGAUCUGGUACAGAGGUUGAGGUCUGAGCUUGAGCAGAUUCGGGUACUUCAGAAGAAAAUUGAACUGCAGAGAGCCAAUGGUGUUACGCUGUCGUCCUCCAGUGAUAUUCUUAGCUGUAGUAAUGGCAACAAUGGGCAUCGAGUGGAAAGCACUAAAAAGCCGUCAAUGUCCAGUUCUGCACCGGGGAAUAAAUCAAAGCCGUCAGGUAAGGGUCAAGGUCAGGGUCAGAAGCCUCGCGGUUGGAUCCGGGGAUCUUCUGGGAAGUUUGAGUCUGCGGUGCGGUCUGCUUCACCGACCACUGCGAAUGCUUUGUUGAUGAAAGAUUGUGAGUCACUGUUGAAACGGUUAAUGAGUCAUCAGUAUGGUUGGGUUUUCAACACCCCUGUGGAUGUGGUGAAGUUGAAUCUUCCAGAUUAUUUCACUAUUAUUAAGCGUCCAAUGGAUUUGGGAACAGUAAAAAGUAAUGUAGCUGCAGGAGCAUAUGCAGGCCCACUGGAAUUCGCUGAUGAUGUGAGGCUUACAUUUUCAAAUGCGAUGACCUAUAAUCCUCCUGGGAAUGAUGUUCAUCUCAUGGCUGAUACACUCAAUAAAUAUUUCGAGUUGAGAUGGAAAACAAUUGAGAAGAAACUGCCAAGAAGUGAUGUUCUGCCAUUGCCUGCAAAGCCAGACAAUUGUGGAGAUGUAAAAACUAAAAGACCAGUGCCUUCUUCAAAAAAGAGGAAAAUUGCCUCAUUACCCCCUCAACCUGAAGUUAUGCCACCUGCAAAGAAGGUUAUGUCAGAUCAAGAGAAGCACGAUUUAGGUCAAGAAUUGGAGACUUUAAUGGGGGAAAUGCCUAUGCAUAUCAUUGAUUUCUUAAAAGAACAUAGUUCAAAUGGUAGAGAAUGCGGAGAGGAUGAGAUUGAGAUUGAUAUUGAUGACCUCAGUGAUGAUACCUUGUUCACAUUACGAAAGCUUUUGGAUGAGUUUUUGCAAGAGAAGCAAAAGAACAAAGCAAAAGUUGAAACAUGUGAAGUAGAGGUGUUGAAUGAUUCUGGACCAAGCAAUUCGUCAUUGCAACCAUUUAAAGGUAAUGACCCAGCUGAUGAAGAGGUGGACAUUGGUGGAAAUGAGCCUCCAGUGUCAAGCUAUCCUAAUGUGGAGAUUGAGAAGGAUACAACACACGGAAACAAAUGCCUAAGCCCAGGCAUCUCCAGCGAUAAGGACUCUGAUAGUUCUUCUGAUAGUGAACCCGAUGAUGUUAAAGCAAGUCCAGCAAAGGUACCAGAAAAUCUGGGUUCUGAAGCUCAGUUGGAUGAAAAGACCAGAGCUGCUGCUACUCUUGAAAGAAAUCAAUCUGUUAGUGGCUUAGAUCAACUUGAGGAUAACUCCCAGCAUAAGCCAAGUUCUUUUGAUUCUGAUUGCAAUCAAGAUGGGGACAGUGCUCUGACUGAGAGACAGGUCUCCCCUGAUAAAGUAUAUCGAGCUGCUGUAUUGAAGAAACGAUUUCUUGAUACCAUCUUGAAAGCUCGAGAGAAGACACUGACACAAGGUGAAAAGGGAGAUCCCGAGAAAUUGCGCCAGGAGAGGGAGAAACUGGAGUUGGAGCAAAGAAAAGAAAAGGCAAGGCUACAAGCAGAAGCAAAGGCAGCUGAAGAUGCCCGAAAGCUGGCAGAAGCAGAAGCUGCUGCAGAAGCCAGACGAAAAAGGGAGCUUGAAAGAGAAGCUGCACGACAAGCAUUGCUCCAGAUGGAAAAGACUGUUGAAAUCAAUGAAAAUUCUCGGUUUCUCGAAGAUUUGGAAAUGCUCAGAACUGUACCUGCUGAGCAAUUGCCAAGCUCUGUGGAUGAGACGAGUCCUGAUCACUCUCAAGAUGCUCUGGGUAGUUUCAAGUUUGGGAGUAGUAAUCCCUUGGAACAAUUAGGAUUAUAUAUCAAGGCUGAUGAUGAAGAAGAGGAAGGAGAGCCACCCUGUAUUCCAAAUCCUGUAAAUGAUGUAGAAGAGGGAGAGAUUGAUUAAAAGUUAUGUACAUUUUGUAUGUUGAAAUGAGGAUCAAAGUAUACUUAAAUCUUAAUCCCAAAAAAAUUCCCCAAAAUAUUCCAGUUCUCACAAUGCAUCGACAUCAUAAGUGGGACGGAGCAUAGUUUCUUAUGGAAGCAUUCAGCUUCUGUAAAGGACAAUAUUAAUUCAGUUUUGGGCUGUGAUGGCAAUAGAGGAGCGGUUUGAACAGAAACUAAGCUAUGUUUCGGGUUGUAAACUUGUAAUACAUCAACUUCUUGAUUUUCCAAUACUAGCUGGUGGCUGGAGCAUCGCGUCCAUUCUUAUAGAUGAUGUAUCAUGUAUCAUGUAUGUUGUACAAAAGAUAGGUCUUUGAAUAUGUGAACAUUGAAGUAGCUCCAUCUUUCUAAAUACGUCGUGCUUGUAUUGUAUUUGUGUCUGGCUAUUCCUUUAUUAACCACUAAAAUCUUAAGGCACUUUCAUCUUCAGAA